UUGCCGUGUUGUUUUUAAGGACUGUGUCGUCAUAGCAACUGGUGUUGCGGAAGUAGCCAUCGCCGCCUGCAGGGGGAUGAGAACUGCUUGGCCUGCACACGAAAGCAAAAAACAGGUGGGAGCCCGGGAUCUGAGGUCAGAGAGGGGAGAGAGAGCCUUUAACAACGAUGGGAGCACUAAAGUCUACACCGGAUCCGAUUGAAUACGCAGAUCUGUCGGAGAAAACUGGCUUUUCACUUAAGCAGAUUAGAGUCCUUCAUAAGAGGUUCAGAGAGCUGAGUGAUGGAGAUGAUGUUUUGAGGAGGGAACAUUUGCGAUGCAUCUCUUCUCUCAAAUACAAUCCCAUUCGUGUAGAGAUCAUAGAGGCUUUCUUUAACCGAAGAAACUUUUCCCCGAGUCAUCAGGGCAGCGCAGACGAGAUUGGCUUUGAAGAAUUUCUGGUGGUCAUGUCUCAUUUCAGGCCCCCAUCUCCAAAAAUAACAGAUGAACAGCGUAAAAAUAUCAGGAGGGAAAAACUUCAAUUUAUAUUCAACAUGCAUGACUCAGACGGCGAUGGAUUGGUAACGCUUGAGGAUUACAGACAUGUGGUGGAGGAGUUGUUAUCUCGCAGCGGAGCACUGGGGAAAGAAACAGCCAGAGCCAUUGCUGAUGCAGCCAUGUUUGAAGUGGCCAGAACAGUUGGUCACAAGGACCCCAAUGAAUUUUAUGAGGGAAUCACCUUCGAGCAUUUCCUGAAGCUGUUGUCUAACUUUGACAUCGAAUCAAGGAUGAACAUUCGGUUUUUAAAGUCGGAUGUGAACCCUUUCUGCCAAUUGUGUUGCUAGCCUGAAGUGUCCCGCUGUUUUAAAAAAUAUUUAUUUCUGGUUGUGAGCAGUAAGUGCCAGUUCCCUGCACUCUGUAGAUGCAAAAUAAAGGACAUUGAAACUGUUUAUUAUUUGCAUUUCUCUCAAAAGAAAAAAGUAUGGGCAUAAAAUCCAUAUUAAUGUAGGGCCUUGAACGAUGCAUGAACCCUUUAUUUCUCAGGAUGGAGUUAUUGUGCAACAAAGGCUCAAUGAUUUUCAAAUAAGCAGAAUAAUAACAUGUAUAUAAUCUUUGUGCUACUUCAUCAUAAGAGGAUCAUUCAUAUAUUUUAAGGUUAGUAUAAGGUUAAAACAUUUCUUUAUGGGGAGAGAACUACAGUUGAGCAAAUGGUGCAAAGAUUUAUCAGAAGAAAAAAAAACAUCAUAACCUGAAAUAAAAAUAAGUACCGUAAUGGAAACCAUUUUCCUUGAGCAAUGGUGAGAAAACUGAAGCAACUUAAAACAUUUACUUUUCUCUCAAAGUUCAUGAUACAAUUUUUGACAAACACAACGGACAUUUUCACAUAAGAGUCUUUGAGAAGCUUUCUAAACUGAACAAAAAUAAAUACAAGCAUAAAAAUCAAAACAAAAUGAAACUUAAAAACGGCAAGUCAGCAUUUGAACUUUACACCAAAUGUUGCAGCAAUCGGAAGAUAUGUUGCCAUCUUUCUUCCUUCUACCCACGCUUUUCUGACUGUCAAACGUUGAAAACAAUCAUAAAAUAAUGAAAUUGCUUAAAAAAGUUAGAACUCAUAAACGUUAGUCAUUAUUAAUAUUAUUAUUGUAAUUGCGUAUUGCCUAUUAUUCAGUUUUUAUCUUGCUUUGUUACUGAGAAAUGCUGCCAUCUAGUGGCAGUAUUUCUCAAAUCGGGAAACAGCAGUUUAGGGCCUCAUUACUAGCAGGGAACAAACAAACGAAAUAAAUAAAAAGCAUAUUUACAAAUGUAUGAGUAAUGUGUAUUUUUCAAAAUAUGUCUAUCGUUUGUUUCAUAUCUGAGUUUUUUAACAAUAGUUAUUAAAUUAUUAAAUUAGAUGGGUAAUAGACAAAUGUAGAAACAUGGAUGACAAGAUAAAAAAUAUUGUGUUCUAGUGGCCAUUAGUAGUCAGAAAUAGUUCAGAUUAAAUUAUGUUAAGGGUCCCAAACAGCUUCUGGGCCCACUCUGAUGCUAAAGUGUGUGUGUGACUUAAAUCACACACACACAAUGUGUGCAUGUGUGCCACAUCUAAAGUCCUGUUACACCUGGACUCUGCAUUUUCUCCUCAUACAUUCAUAUUCAGUAAAUGUGUCGCAAUCAGUUGUAAAAUUAAAAGUAUCUUUUGAAAAUGAAUACCGUUCAAUCUGCUAUUAAACAUGAAACUUUUUCUGUCA